GCCUUAGUCCAUUUCAGUCAACCACACCACCACCAACCAUAUCUUACCAACAACCGAUUCUUUCCAAUACGAUUAAGGUUAUUAAUUUACUAUUUGUCAUAGUUCUCAGUUGUAAUUUAAUCUGAACACUGAAAGGACGAUAAAUUCAUCUGAUGUUCAGAAGGUGGAUAUAAUAUAAAUUACUAUCGUCAAUGCUAAUAGUAGUAUUACAUUCCGUGUAGUGAGUGGAAUAUAAAAAAACAACAAGGAUACGAAAAACUCCGUUUAUCUUUAUAAAAAUAACUGAGCAAAGAAAAAAUAAUGAAUAUUACAUUACUAAUGAAUGAAACAGACUCUGUCCAAUGUCAUUCGGUUAAUGUAAUCUCUGAUAGUAUAGAUGAUUAUACAAAUUUAUCAAAUGUACAGUAUAUACAUAAACAUAAUACCAGUAAUAAUCCUAGUAAUAAUAAUACUAGUAGCACAAUUAAUAAUCACAACAUGCUUAUCACUAAUCACAAAAGCAAUUCAAACAGUAAUACCAAUGAACUAUCAACUACAGAUUGUACUAAUUUAGCAGAUAAUUUGAAUUCUAGUUCAAACUGUACUUCACCGAAUGGUUCAACACUUACCAUGUAUGGUACACAACAUCGUUUUAAAAUCAGCCCAAAUACAUAUCACGAUCUGGAAAACGGAAACAGUUUGACUACUACAAGUAUUGGUCCUCGUCCGGAUACAGAUCUAGAUUCAGCAUUCCCACCGAAAAAGCUAUACACUGACGAUAUACCUGUUCUAGAAUCAUUUCCUGGUUUUUACGGUUUCGAUCUUUAUCGACCAUUAUGUGGUGAUACUUAUGAAGCAAGUGAAACAAAACCGAGUACUGCAUUUUUUUAUUUUAAAGAUGAACAAGGAUGGACAAAUUUGUAUGCGAAGAAAACACCUACAUGGUGGACAUUAUCCUAUUGGUGUCAACGUAAACCCCCAGAAGGUUCAUUCAUUCGUUUAACACCAGUUUAUGGGGCAUCAGACAAACAACAGGAAGUAAUCCAGAGAUGUUUUGAAGAUUUUAUGGCGAUUCCAACUACUGGAAUGGGUCGUUACAGUAUAGUAAUGGUUGGUAAUUCAUUAGCUGAAUACUUUUUUGAUCCAAUAACAGAACGAUUAUGCGUUACUUUACCAUAUGAAACACCUAAAGAAGGAUGUGAAUAUAGUCAGUUCAAUGGAAAAUUUAUGUGUUUCAAUAGUUGUCUAUAUAAUGGUGGUCAAGGGAACAAGAAACCACUCUUCUUAAUCAUAACUUUAGAACGUUUAAUAACUGGGUCUGAUCCAAGUAAGGGACAUUGUGAAGUACUUGGACGUCAGUGCAUCAAAUUUCGUAGUUGCGCAUGUCCUAAACGAGAUAAAGAGAAUAACGAAAGACGUACUGGAGAUUCCUUAGUAAUUGGUACUCCUUCAUUAGGUAAACGCAGGAAGGAAUCAAACGAUCGUAAUGAUCGACAAGUCAAACGGAUACGUUCAAAUCAAAGACCAUCAUCAGUUUGUAAUAUAAAUAAUAUAACUAAUGCCAGCAUUCAAAAUAAUAAUGGGGUGAAUUAUGAAAAAGAUACCAAUCUGUUACGUGAACAUAACUGGUUAUCACCAAAUAAUGAGUAUUUAAUAAAUGAUGAGAAGUGUUCAAGUGAACCGAAUGGAUUUGACGACAUAUUUGAUUAUUAUGGACAAGAAAAUGAUUAUGAUGGUUAUGGACAGAAUACAAUUCACUUCAAUGGAGAAUCAUACAAUCUCUUAUUAGUUCCGACAAAUUUACCUGGGGCUGUCGAAACAUUAUCGAGUGUACGUUAUGGUUUGUUACGUGCAUGGAUAUAUGCACUAGCUAAACAUCAUUAUCAUAAUCAUAAUCAACAAUAUCACAUGAUAAUGAAACAAUCACCCUUGACAAAUGAUUUAAACAACAGAAAAGAAACCAAAAGUGACACUAACAUUAAUAAUCAUACUUCAUCAUUAAACAUUACAAAUAACGUGAAUACUAAUAUGAUGGUAGGUAAAAAUACUACAGAAAAACGAUCAGAUACUUCAGAGAGUCGAUACUACCCUACAGUAUCUGGAAAUUAUUCACACUCGUAUAAUCGUGCCGUAAUUGGAAGUACUCUGAAUCACUGGCUUAAAACGGAGUCACACCUAGCUGCUCUAGUACGUGAAAGGAUUAAUUUAUUGAACAUGUAUCAACAAACUUAUCACUUUAGCGGUGAUUCUACUGAUUCACAGCCGAAUUCUACGUUAUCUACUGGUGCUAUGGGAUUUAACGGUACAGGAAAUCUAGAUGAACCAGUUAAUAUAUUAAAUCAAGACUACUUUAAUUCAUCUAAUAUGAAUGGAUCAGUAGGUAGUGAAUUAAUGAAUUCAAAUUUACCACGUAAUUUGUCUAAUCAUCAAACAAAUAUAAUGCAAAAUAUGGCUGCGUAUAUUUUAUCAUCUACUAGUACAAAUACUACUACAUCUACUACUACAACUUCUACGUCUAUAAAUAAUAUCGGUAAUCGUGGGUUCAUUUAUAAUACACCAAAUGCUGUUGAUACAAAUUGGUCAUAUGAAACAGAUUCUGAUUUAAGAACUGGUCAAACAUCUCAUACGGAUCAGUUAUACGAAUCAACUCACCACGGAUUGAUCAUAGGCAAUAACAAUAAUAAUAGUACUCUACAUGUUGUAUCAGAAUUAAUUGAUCCUUAUGCACUAGUUCAACACUUACCUCAGUCACUUUCAUCAUCCUCACCAGUUCAUCAACAUCAUCACAUUCAUCCACACCAUAUACAUUCUGCACAUGUCCAAUCACAGCAUAAUCAUCAAAUUCAUCUUCAUCAAGGUAUGAAUAAUUCGACUUCUAUAUCUGAUACAAAUGAUAAUCAUUCAUCAGCAUUUACAACAACUGCAUUAAUUUCUGAUAAUACAAUGAACAAUAAAUCAUUAACGCUUAAUACAUGUCUCCUUCCUCAAAUAACACCAACGACAACGACAACAGUAACGGAUACAGGAACAAUAGGGACAACAAAUUUUGGUCAUGAGUUUAAUACAUCAAAUUUUUAUACUACAGCCUACUUUAAUCUUACUAAUUCCAAUGCUAAUGCUGAUAAUAAUAGUAAUGGAAGUAAUAAUAAUGUUAUAGACUGUACUAAUGCUAAUCAAUCAAAUGAUAUGACAAAUCAAAAUUCCACUUUAAUUGACUCAUUAUCACGACCUAGUAUACCAUCGAAUUUAAAUCAUCGAAGUAUGUCACAAAAUUCCACAUUAUGUAACUAUCAGUUAACAAAUCAUACUAAUUUAUCUGAAUCACUUUUAUUAUCAGAAGAAUUGUUACAUAAUUGUCUGGACAAUAAAAAGAAAUGUUAUGAUGAACCAGAUGGUGUUCAUUCUAUACUAACUAAGCAUUUAGUGAGUUGAUGAAGUUUUUAUAUGAAUGUUUAAAUCACGUGUGUAUCCAGUCGAUAAUAACAAAACUGGAUAGAGAUUUGGUUACAUUUUUGUGAAAUAAUCGUAAUAGGAUUAAAUGAACUGGCUUUCAGACGGUCGAUGAUUCAAUGAAUCUCAUCGUUAGUUGUAUAACUUAAAACAAAUAUCGUUAACUCCCACAGUUGAAAAAAUAUUUCUUAUAUUAAUCAUGAAUAGAUCUUGUAUGUAAGGCUUGAUGAAUAUAAAGCGUAAAUAUAAAACCAGUUACAGGCUGCUUACAAACAGCAUCAAGACUAAACGGCAUCAGAUGGAUUGGUAUUUGAUGUAUCGAAGGUAAAAUUAUUUGUUAUCUUAAUCGAACCUUGUAUCGUAAAUAAGUGGUCUCUCAAGCGUAAUAAACUAGUUUGUAUACAGUAUUAUUUCCUUAUAACUGAUUUAAACUACAUAUAUUCCAUUGGAGACGUUUGUUAGAUCAAUCCAGUUCAUAAUCGAGAUGUUAAGGUAGUCAGUAGGAAACCCUGAAAUUAGACUUCUUCCUAGUUGACUUUCAUAAACAAUAGCCACCCUGUAAUCAUGAGGAAAGUGGUGUUUCUUAUGAGAUUCGAAUCCACAUCGUGAAGCAUUACAGCUUAAGAAGUUACCACUGAUAUACUGUAGUCGUGACUGAGAUAUUAACAGUUGAUUGCUCAUUAUUUAAUGACCGAACAGUAUAUACAAUAGCAAUUUUUUCUUUAAAUACUGUGUUAUGAGUUAUGAAUUAAAUUGAUAAGAAGAUAAACAGGUAAUAAGCCUGGAUUUUUUUCUUCAUGGUAUUUAUCAAAUGAAAUUUAACUUAAGUUGCUUAUUGAGUAAGUUAUAAUAGCUUCUCCAGAAAUCCUCCUAGCCCUAACAUUCAUUUAGAAUUCUAAAUGUACUAGUAACAGAAGGAAAAAUUCAAGCGUUUAUCAUCCGCCUUGUUAACACUCUGAAAUCUAAUGUUAUUUGAUUAUAGUAAGAAAACCAAUCUCUCAUUUAGUUUUUUUUUACUUUCAUUGUUUAAUAGAUGCUAUUAUGUAACUAAUUUUUUAAAUCUUCUAUUAACUACUAUUGAGAAUUUCGGUAUUUAUCACAGGAACAAUAUAUGUUAUUAUUAUGUAUAUAACCAUUGGAAGUUCUCGCUUAUAUGUUAACAUUACGGUUAUGAAAAUGAAAUCUAUAAGAAAUGAAGCAUUAAUAAAACACAAAUCUUCUUCGUUUUUUUUCCAGAGAAAUACAUCAUUUUGUUUAUCAUCUACACGAUCCCCUGAAUCAUGUGGACCUGAAAAAUUUGUUAAAUUAGAAAUCUAGAGAGAAAAAAAAUUUCAAAUGAAAUAAUACUGACAUAUAUUGGUUACUUUAUUGUUCAUUCAAAUUAUCAUAUAAAGUCAAUAUAAACUUUAAUUCAGUCUAAUCAAAUGAUACAUUCUAAUCAAAUGAUUUGAUAUUUAUCCAGUCAUUAUUUACUUGGUCUAAUCAUGUCAAUGAGACUGUUCUUUUUUUCUUUCCAAAAAAAAACACAAUAAAGAUCUACAAAUUAUUUCCAUCUAUUCAAUCUUUUAUAUACCACAAGUUUUCAUUUAUUCUAUUCAAGCAUAUGUAUGCACAUGCAUUUGUAAAAUUAAAAAUGAAAUACUUAAAGUAACAUGUAACUAACACUACUUGUCUUCAUUACAUAUUAUACAUAUAUCAAUUUCAAUAUCAUUGUUUACUAUCAUCAUAUUGUACAAGAAUAUGUACAUUAUAAGCAUUAAAGUAUAAACCAGUUAUUUGGUUUAUUUUUAUCUUUUUUUAUUAUCUGUAAUUUCUUUUUGGUAUUUUAUUGGCUGUCGCAUUUAUUGUACGCCUUGUGUCAUUAUCAUUAUUAUCAUUAUCACAUGAACUCUUUUAGGAUUUCUAAUGGAAUUCAGUUUCUUUUUUCAACUUUACUGUCAUUUAAACAACAACAACAACAACAACACCAUCUAAGCAUUCAUCUAUUCUUUUUUAUUAUUAAUGCUUUUAGAAACAUUCCAAAAUGAAUACAUUGAAGUAAUGGCAUUCUAUUGUUCAUUUUCUUAAACUCAUUCAAUUUUUUUUAGUACUAAUACGACUAUUAUUAUUAUUAUUAUCAUCAUUGCUUUUUAUCGAUACACUUAAACAUAAAAUUUUGAUUUCUUUUCCGCAUUAUUUUCUGUUUUUUUUUAUACAUAAAAAUUUUGUUUCCUAUUUUCUUGGCUUUAUCAAAAAACAAAAUACAUACAUGUAUAACAUAC